AGUUGUAGGGGAGCGUGGACUGGAGCGGAAGCUCAGACUGUUGUCCUUCCUCCUGCCCGACUCUCAGGAUGAGGAUCGGUCACAGUUUGUCUGUAUGUCUCUGAUCAAAUCACACACCAGCAGCUCCUCUCCCACCUCCCGAAUGCAGAUUAACAGGCAUGCCAAAGGAAAAAUAUGAUCCUCCAGACCCACGCAGAUUAUACACCAUCAUGUCAGCCGAGGAAGUGGCCAGUGGAAAGAAAUCACACUGGACCGAGUUGGAGAUUUCUGGGCGGGUCAGAAGCCUGAGCAGUUCACUAUGGACGCUGACCCAUCUGACUGCUCUCCACAUCAACAACAACAACCUGAGCCGGAUUCCUCCAGAAAUCGCAAAGCUGCCCCAUCUCGUCUACCUGAACCUGUCCUCCAACAAACUGCGCAGCCUGCCAGCAGAACUCGGCAACAUGGUGACUCUCAGGGAAUUGCUUUUGAACAACAAUUGUUUACGAGUUUUGCCUUAUGAACUUGGUCGGCUGUUCCAAUUGCAAACCCUCGGCCUCAAAGGUAAUCCAUUGUCCCAGGAUAUACUCAACCUGUAUCAGGAGCCUGAUGGAACAAGGAAAUUAUUAAAUUACAUGCUCGACAAUCUUGCAGUCCACCCAGAACAACUCCCCCAAAGACCUUGGAUCACUCUGAGGGAGAGAGACCAAAUGAUGCCCACAGCUGUGUUCACAGUAAUGUGCUACAACGUAUUGUGCGACAAGUAUGCAACAAGGCAGCUGUAUGGCUAUUGUCCUUCAUGGGCCCUUAACUGGGAGUACAGGAAGAAGGGCAUUAUGGAGGAGAUCACCAACUGUGACGCUGACAUCAUCAGCCUGCAGGAGGUGGAAACCGAGCAGUACUACACUUUCUUUCUGGAAACACUGAAAGAUCGUGGAUAUGAUGGAUUUUUCUGUCCAAAGUCUCGUGCCAAACUCGUGUCAGAACAGGAGCGUAAACAUGUGGAUGGCUGUGGUGUGUUUUUCAAGACCGAGAAAUUUGCUCUGGUGCAGAAACACACAGUGGAGUUCAAUCAAGUAGCCAUGGCGAACUCAGAGGGCUCGGAGGUUAUGCUAAACAGAGUUAUGACCAAAGAUAACAUCGGAGUAGCCGUCCUGCUGGAGGUGAAGAAAGACCUGUUUGCUGCUGGCUUAAAGCCACCUCCAGAGAAACAGCUCCUGCUUGUAGCUAAUGCCCACAUGCACUGGGAUCCAGAAUACUCGGAUGUGAAGCUCAUCCAGACUAUGAUGUUUCUGUCUGAGCUCAAGAGCAUCGCUGAGAGGGCCUCGGGAUCUAUCAACUCUUCUUCACCCACAUCAGAAACGAGCUCUAUCCCUAUCGUCCUGUGUGCUGAUCUCAACUCCCUCCCAGAUUCUGGUGUGGUGGAGUAUUUGAGCAAUGGCGGAGUUGCAGAAAAUCACAAAGACUUUAAAGAACUGCGCUACAGCGACUGUUUAACUAACUUCAGUUGCAAUGGCAAAAACGGCAAGCCUGAUGGCAGUAUCACACACAGUUUCCAGCUGAAGAGUGCCUAUGAGGGGAAUCUCAUGCCCUACACCAACUACACUUAUGACUUUAAGGGUGUGAUUGACUACAUCUUCUUCUCAAAGACACACAUGAGCGUUCUGGGUGUUCUGGGUCCAUUGGAGACACAAUGGCUGAAGGACAACAACAUAACCGGCUGCCCUCACCCUCACAUCCCCUCCGACCACUUCUCCCUCCUGGCUCAGCUGGAGUACCAUCACCCUUUACCCCCCCUCAACGGGCUGCAUCUGCCUGUCCACAGUACUGCCUGCGAAAGCAAGAUGCUUACAGAGUGAACCAGUACCAGCAUUCAUCCAUCCACUCAUCCUUCCAUCCAUCCAUCCAUCCAUUUCUUCACCAGAGAGGCAUGAUGACUACUAAAUGGCCAUGAUUCAGUUAUAACGUUCUUAUAAAGAAAAGAUGUCAUGGUCAGCAAUGUUAAAAUGAAUUGUUAAUGAAAUUGCAAAAUAUCUGAGGAAUGUAAAUUGGCAGUUUCCCUUGUUUAAUAGCAGCAAUUUUGAUUUCUAAGGUUUUUUUUAAUACAUUUUAAAAACCUUUCAUGUAAUCCUAACAAAAAUUCACAUCAAAGCAUAUUUCCUACAAAUGUAUUCCGAGUGCUCAGAUUGAAAUCCAGAUUGCUGAACAUGCAGUGUUUGUAUAAUAAUAUAUAUAGUUUAAUAUAUAGUAAAAGCAUGCACUAUGGGGGUUGAGUCUUGUUGAGACACUAAUUAAUGACAGACAUGUAUUAUUGUAAAGGAACAUUUUGCAAAGAGACCCCAUGUACAAUGAAUAGAAAACCCCUAUAAAAAAGAAGUUCCACAACACAAAGAUGGCUUUUCUCAUUGACUUUUGAGACUUUUUUCAUGCAGUUUCUUCUGGAAUACAUGUUUUGUAAACCUUGUUUAGUCUUUGAACACAUGAUUGGUGAUGAUAUGAGAACAGAACUUGUUGUUUUGUGCGUUUUGCAACUGAAAAUGCUCCUUCAUGAAGCUUAUUUGUAAUACACUAAAUGCUAAACGAAAAAACAUGUCCCAAACUCAAAGGCAAUAAAGAUGUUAUUUUAAA